AUGGACUUUUCAGUCAAGUGGGAUAAAUUACCUAAAGGUCCGAGUCUGAAGAAUCUGACAGACGGAGGGUUUGGAGACCUGAAGCCACAACAACAUGCUGCUGUUCAGGAUUUAACCAGAGCUCACAUCGAGUCCUUUGACCAGGCUGUCACCGGCGGACUCAACAGCGUUGUGCAGGCCAUCCCUCCCCUGGAGUUCACAUUCAGAAAUGACAGGAUCAGCCUUGCAUUUGUUGAUGCCACCAUGUACAACCCAGUGGUGGCCAAAGGGAGCAUCUGCAAGGACAUAAAGGUGUUCCCCGCAGAGUGCCGAGGAAGAAGAUGUUCCUACAAAGGAAAGCUAGUGGCAGACGUCAGCUGGUCGGUUAAUGGAAUUCCCAAAGGCAUCAUCAAGCAGUCCUUGGGUCAGGUGCCAAUCAUGGUGAAGUCCCAGCUGUGUAACCUGCAUGGCAUGUCCCCGAAAGAACUUGUGGAACAUCAUGAAGAAGCAGAGGAAAUGGGAGGUUAUUUCAUCGUGAAUGGAAUCGAGAAGGUGAUCCGUAUGCUGAUUAUGCCAAGGAGGAACUAUCCCAUCGCCAUGUCCAGACCUAAGUGGAAGAGCAGGGGUCAGGGAUACACUCAGUAUGGUAUUUCCAUGCGCUGCGUGAAGGAAGAGCACACAGCCAUCAACAUGAACCUUCAUUAUCUGGAAAACGGCACUGUGAUGCUGAACUUCAUCUACCAGAAAGAGCUCUUCUUCCUGCCACUAGGCUUUGCACUGAAGGCCCUGGUGGACUUCACAGACUUCCAGAUCUACCAGGAGCUGAUCAAAGGCCGCGAGGACAAUUCUUUCUACAAGACGUGUGUGUCUGAGAUGCUGCGCAUUGUCAUGGAGGAGGGCUGCACCACCCGCAUCAAGGUGCUCGAUUACCUCGGAGAGCGCUUCAGGGUUAAGAUGAACCUUCCUGAGUGGUACACCAACGAACAGUGUGCCAACUUCCUGCUAGAUGAGUGCAUCUGCAUCCAUCUGAAGUCUCCCGUGGAGAAGUUCUACCUGCUGUGUCUAAUGACCAGGAAGCUUUUCACAUUUGCCAAGCAGGAGUGCAUGGAAGAAAACCCUGACAGCAUUACGUGUCAGGAGGUGCUGACUCCUGGCCAGCUCUACCUCAUGUUUCUCAAGGAGAAACUGACUGCGUGGUUGGUGACUGUGAAGUUGGCCUUUGACAAACGAGGCAGUAAACUGGCGGCAGGAUGUACAACUGAAAAUAUGAUGAAGAUGUUCAACAUGGGCUCAGAUCUGACGAAACCUUUUGAAUAUCUGCUCGCCACUGGGAACCUCCACUCCAAGACGGGUCUUGGCAUGCUGCAGAACACAGGCCUGUGUGUUGUAGCAGACAAGCUGAACUUCAUCCGAUACCUGUCCCACUUCCGCUGUGUGCACAGAGGAGCAGCUUUCGCCAAGAUGAGGACCACUUCUGUUCGUAAGCUGCUGCCCGAGUCCUGGGGCUUCCUGUGUCCUGUCCACACUCCAGACGGAGAGCCUUGUGGACUCAUGAACCACAUGACAGCCAGCUGUGAAAUUGUGGCACCAAGCUUGUCCACCAUAACCCUGCCUGCUCUGCUCUGCUCUCUUGGUGUUACUCCAGUGGAUGGAACUCCCGGCCAGGCCUUCUCUGACUGCUACCCUGUGGUCCUGGAUGGAGCUGUUGUCGGCUGGGUGGAGAUGGACUUAGCUCCAGCUGUGGCAGACUCACUGCGCAGGUUCAAGGUGUUAAGAGAAAAGAAGAUCCCUCCUUGGACAGAGAUUGUUCUGGUUCCAAAAACAGGCAAAGCCAGCUUGUAUCCCGGCCUCUACCUCUUCACAACACCGUGCCGCAUGAUGCGUCCUGUACAAAACUUAGCUCUUGGUAAGCAAGAGUUGAUUGGCGCCUUUGAACAGCUUUACAUCAAUGUGGGAAUCUUUGAGGGUGAGAUUGAGCCAGGAGUAACCACACACCAGGAGCUCUUCCCUCACAGUAUGCUCAGUGUGGUGGCCAACUUCAUCCCUUACUCAGACCACAACCAGAGUCCCAGGAACAUGUACCAGUGUCAGAUGGGUAAGCAGACGAUGGGUUUCCCCUUGCACUCGUUUACGGACCGCUCAGAUAACAAGCUGUACCGACUCCAGACCCCACAGAGCCCCCUGGUCAGGCCCUACAUGUACGACCACUACAACCUGGACAACUACCCCAGCGGCACCAACGCCGUUGUGGCCGUCAUAUCCUACACAGGCUACGACAUGGAAGAUGCCAUGAUUGUAAACAAGUCAUCCUGGGAGAGAGGCUUCGCCCAUGGAAGCAUCUACAAGACUGAGCUGGUGGACCUGGCAGACAAGGCGAGGGGAGAAGAUGGCGUAGUGUUUGGGACCAAACCGGGCGACCCGAAAGUAAAUGACAGACUGGAUGCUGAUGGACUCCCUUAUAUUGGAUCAACACUGAAGUAUGGAGACCCCUUCUACAGCUAUAUCAACCUCAACACAGGCCAGUCCUUUGUCAACUUCUACAAGAGCCAGGAGGCCUGUGUCGUUGAUAAUAUAAAGAUCUGCAGCAACGACGCUGGCUCAGGCCAGUUUAAACGCGUCUGCAUCACUGUACGAGUGCCGCGAAACCCCACCAUUGGUGACAAGUUUGCCAGCCGUCACGGUCAGAAGGGCAUCCUGAGCCGCCUGUGGCCAGCAGAGGACAUGCCCUUCACAGAGAGUGGCAUGAUGCCGGACAUCCUGUUCAAUCCCCACGGCUUCCCUUCUCGUAUGACAAUCGGGAUGCUUAUAGAGAGCAUGGCCGGUAAGUCCGGCGCCCUGCACGGCCUGAGCCACGACGCCACACCCUUCACCUUCUCUGAGGAGAACUCUGCACUCGAGUACUUCGGUGAAAUGCUUCGGGCAGGCGGCUACAACUACUACGGCACAGAGCGGCUCUACAGUGGACUGAGCGGCCUGGAGCUGGAGGCGGACAUCUUCAUCGGCGUCGUCUACUACCAGCGGCUUCGUCACAUGGUCUCUGACAAAUUUCAAGUGAGGACGACCGGAGCGCGAGACAAGGUGACCAACCAGCCUGUGGGAGGAAGGAACAUCCAGGGAGGAAUCCGUUUUGGGGAGAUGGAGCGAGAUGCCCUGCUGGCUCACGGCUCCUCAUUCUUGCUUCACGAUCGCCUCUUCAACUGCUCGGACCGGUCAGUGGCUCAGGUGUGUGUUGACUGUGGCAGCCUUCUUUCCCCUCUGUUGGAGAAACCGCCACCGUACUGGUCGGCCACUCGCCACCGCGAGACUGUCUGCACACUGUGUGGCAAAAGUGACUCUAUUGACUCAGUGUCUGUUCCCUAUGUCUUCCGCUACUUCAUAGCGGAGCUUGCAGCGAUGAACAUCAAAGUCAAACUAGAUGUGAAGUGAACUUUGCAGGAAAGACAAGAUGCCUGAAGUGUGUUUGAAUGAGUCUGAGUAAGGCUGCUAAAAUUAGCAACAGAAGACAAAUCCACCGUGUUGUUCAAGAGUUUUUAUUAUUAGCCAAGGUUUUGUAAAAAUGAACAAGUAUGAGCAUAUUAUGGAAUGAAUCAAUUAAAGUACAGUCAGUCUGAGUGUUGAGUGACUGUGAUAUCAUCAGA